AUGCCUCCGGAGAUGAGGGAAAAGCACAUGGGAUUAUUCAUGGCGCCAUCGGAAACUACACCUCUGCUGGUGGUCAAUGUCGCUCCCCAGCGAUAUCGCUAUCCUCAUCAUACAUUGCGACGGAUCUGCACUUUCUCCCUGAGCUUGGUGUUGGUCAUCGCAGUAAUAUUGUUCCUCAUUCCGUCUGCCAUUCUUCCUCGUGAUGGUGGCUCUAUUCUGUCCUACCUCCCUGGAGCCCAUCCCUUCCCGCAUGCCUCCUGGCCUCAUGGAGAUGGUCUGUCCUACGAAGAGCUGCAAGCCAUCCUCCAAAAUACUCCUUCGGCUGCGAAGGAACGCGAAUGGAGCAGCUACUACACCGCGGGUCCCCAUCUUGCCGGCAAAAACCUGAGUCAGGCAGUAUGGACGCAGGAACGCUGGAAGGAGUUUGGCGUCGAAGACACGAGCAUUGUGGCGUACGAUAUCUACCUCAAUUAUCCCGUUGACCAUCGUCUAGCUCUAUUGAAAAAGACUGGCGAUGCGACCGAGGUUACCUUCGAGGCUUCCCUCGAAGAAGAUGUGCUGGAGAAAGACCACACCAGUGGUCUGCCUGAUCGCGUGCCCACUUUCCAUGGGUACUCCGCUAGCGGCAAUGUCACCGCUCCGUUUGUAUACGCUAAUUUUGGCACGUACCACGACUUUCAAGAUCUUGUGGACGCCAACGUGAGCCUCACCGGCAAGAUUGCGAUCAUUAAAUAUGGUCGCAUCUUCCGUGGGCUCAAGGUGAAGCGCGCUCAGGAGCUGGGUAUGGUAGGUGUGGUUUUGUACGAUGAUCCGCAGGAGGAUGGAGACAUCAUCGAGGAAAAUGGCUACAAAGCUUAUCCGGACGGCCCGGCUCGUAAUCCAAGUGCUGUUCAACGCGGCAGCACCCAGUUUUUGAGUAUCGCCCCAGGGGACCCUACUACUCCUGGAUAUGCAUCGAAGCCGGGAUGUGAGAGACAAGACCCGCAUGGCUCGAUUCCAUCGAUCCCCUCCCUGCCGAUCUCGUACCAGGAGGCCCUUCCUCUUCUGAAGGCUCUAAAUGGUCAUGGUCCUAAAGCGUCAGACUUCAACGAGUGGUGGCAAGGUGGCAAGCUUGGCUCCAAGGGAGUCGAGUAUAACAUCGGUCCUUCGCCGGACGAUGUUGUCAUCAACCUCUACAAUGAGCAGGAAUAUGUUACGACACCGUUGUGGAAUGUUAUCGGUGUUAUUAAAGGCUCAAUUCCGGAUGAGGUCGUUAUCCUGGGCAACCACAGAGAUUCCUGGAUUGCUGGCGGCGCUGGAGAUCCAAACAGUGGUUCAGCCGUUAUGAACGAGGUCAUCCGCAGCUUCGGCGAAGCCCUCAAGGCCGGGUGGAAGCCGCUGCGCACCAUUGUCUUUGCAAGCUGGGACGGUGAAGAGUAUGGCCUGUUAGGAUCCACUGAGUGGGUCGAGGAUAACAUUCCCUGGCUCUCGCAUGCUAACAUCGCGUAUCUUAAUGUUGAUGUUGCUGCAUCUGGAACCCAGAUCCAUCCCGUGGCCAGUCCUCUCCUGAACAAUGUCAUCUACGAUGUGACCGGUCUCGUCCAAUCCCCUAACCAAACGGUUGAGGGCCAAACUGUCCGCGAUGUCUGGGAUGGGAGAAUUGGCACCAUGGGAAGUGGAAGCGACUUCACUGCUUUCCAGGAUUUCAUUGGCGUCCCCAGUUUUGACAUUGGUUUCAGCCGUGGCAAGCAGGACCCCGUGUAUCAUUACCACUCCAACUAUGAUAGCUUCGACUGGAUGGAUCGGUUCGGUGAUCCGCAGUGGCUGUACCACGAGGCUUGCACGAAGAUCUGGUCUCUGGCCGCUGCCAAACUCGUGGAGACGCCCGUCCUGGCUUUUAGCGCCACUGAUUACGGUGUUGGUCUCGGUGCGUAUCUGGAGAAGAUCAAGCCCUCCGCCAAACAGCUGCCCCAUGGUGGCUCUUUCGACUUUGGCUCUUUGGACAGAGCCAUUGCCGAGUUCCAGGAGGCGGCAGUGAAGCUCGAUGUUCAUGCUGCCGAACUGACUUCCCAACUGGACGAGGAUCUUCCUUGGUACCUCUGGUGGAAGAAGGUGAGGUUGUUCUUCCAAAUCCGCGCCGUCAACGUCAAAUACAAGGAAAUUGAGCGUCAAUUCCUGUAUGAGCCUGGCUUGGACGGGCGGAGCUGGUUCAAACACGUGGUGUUCGCACCUGGCAUUUGGACGGGAUACUCUGGGGCAACAUUCCCCGGGCUGGUAGAGAGCUUCGAUGCCGCUGACGUGGCCAACGCCCAGAAAUGGCGCUCCAUUAUUGUUGAGCGACUAGAAGCGGCCACAGAGCUGCUGAAGAAAUAG